AUGCCGCAGGAGAACGAGCCAGAAUCUAAUGCAGAAGAGCUGGAUGUUGUCAAAAGACGCCUGCUGCUAGGGCUGCUGGGCACAGCGGCGCUUUGUGCCUUUGCACUGGUUCCUACGCAGCAGCUGCAACUCGGCAAGCCCAGCAAGCCGCUUUUUUUCUACCUGGUGCCGCUGCUCAGGUCACAGCAGUUGCUAGCGGAGGUGGAGCAGCUUGUGCCCGAGGGGUCGAGCGUUGUGGCGCUGAGGCCCCUCCUUGACCGCAUCCUGGGUCCACCCAACAACCUGCAGCAGAACCUACGUGACGCUGCGGCAUGCUUGACCACCCCGAGGGACGUUGCAACGGCAGAGGCCAUUGGGCGGGACGUGUAUGAGUAUGUGCAGUACUUCGAGUCAAUGCGGGGAGCCCCGCGGGAUGGCGCUGUCUCUGCACGGUACAUUUUAUUCAGCCUCAACUCAGCCAAGGCGGCACAGGUCAAGCUGCAACAGUUUCUGGACCUCAUGCCCGCUGACCAGCGCGAGGCAGCAGCCAUGCAGAUGGCCAGCCUGCCCUUCUGA